ACAAUUCGCAGUACUGUUUACUUCCAUCUGUGCGCGUUUCCUGAUUAUAUGAUUUAAUUUUUUACUUCGAAGACAUAUUUUCAUAUAUCUUUCAAGUAUGUUCUCGAAGGAAAACAAAUUGUUCAAUUAGUGAGUUCAAAAGGUCAUAUCUUCUUAGUAGCACUGUUUUGUAGGUAAUCUAAAUUUAUUCAGAAAACCAGACAAAACAUUAAAUUUUGAGAAGUUAGCCGACGAAAAAAUUUUCUUUUAUAUCUGUUGUUUCAUCAUCAAUAAAAUAAUAAAGUGGAUAUUUCAUUAUAAAUCAAACCGACAAUUUUAUAUGAUCUCAGUUGAAGUAAAAUGGCAUUCCAUAACUGUUUGAAACUUUUACGAAUCAGAUAUAAAAUUUUAUGUUAUAAAAAAUUCAGCGACAUCAGCUACAUACAUAAUGUUGGAAAAGAACCCUUGAGACCGUUAACCCUUGGAAAGCUAAUGGAAGAAAUCGCUCAUGAUCAUGGAGAAACAACUGCUGUUAUUUCAUGUCACCAAAAGAAAAAAAUUAAUUUCGGUGAAGCACUCUAUCAGGCCGAUCGAUUAGCAGCGGGCAUGCUAAAAAUGGGAUUUCGUCAAGGUGACAUGAUAGGGUUAUGGGCACCAAAUAUCAUAGAGUGGUAUAUUGCAUUCUUAGCUUGUGCCAGGGCUGGUUUCAUAUCGGUAGGCUUGAAUCCCUUGUACCAACAAAAAGAAAUUGAAUACUGCAUCAAUAAAGUUGGUAUCAAAGGUAUCGUUUGCGGAUCGGUAUUCAAGAAACAGGACUUUUAUAAAAUACUAAAAUCUGUUUGUCCAGAAUUAUCUGAGAGCGUACCUGGAAAUCUUCAAAGCAACAACCUGCCUUCUUUGAGAACUGUCAUCAUGAUAUCACCGGAUAAAAUGAGAGGGACUCAGCGAUUCACUGAUGUUUUGAAUAUGGCAGAUGAUGAAGGUAUAGGAAUUGUACAAAAGAACCAGAAAAAUAUUAAAACAGAUGAUCCUCUCAAUAUUCAGUUCACUUCAGGUACCACCGGUUUCUCCAAGGCAGCUGUUGUGAGUCAUUUCAGCGUAGUCAAUAAUAGUUUUUAUAUUGGAAGGAGAAAUGAAUUUCAUAAGAAACGUUAUACAAUUUGUGUUCCAAAUCCACUAUUUCACGCUUAUGGAACAGUUGUUUCAAUAGUGAGUGGACUGAUGUAUACAGGUACCUUGGUUCUUCCGUCAGAUGGUUAUGAUCCAGAAAAAACGUUGAGUGCUCUCACAGAGGAAAAAUGUACUAUAGUCUACGGGACACCAACAAUGUUUGUGGAUUUGAUUGAGUUACAAAAAGCCAGAAAAGAAAAACUCCAUAUCGAAAUAGCUCUUUGUGGAGGAGCAUCAUGUUCACCUCAAUUGUUCAAAUAUAUGUUGGAUGUUUUGAAAGUUAGAAAGGUCAAGUCAAUCUAUGGAUUAUCUGAAGCUACCGCUGGUGCCUUUCAGUCAUUGGAAGACGAUGAUGAAUAUAAAUCUAUCUCCACUGUUGGAUAUCUACAUGAUCACCUGGAAGCUAAAGUUAUUGAUGCGAAUGGCAAUAUUGUACCAAUCGGUGUUUCCGGUGAAUUGUGUCUCAGGGGCUAUUCAAUGUUUCUGGAAUAUUAUAACGAUGAAGAAAAAACGAAGGAAGCCAAAAGUCUUGAUGGGUGGCUUCGUACAGGUGAUCAGUUUAUUUUUGACGAAAAUAAAUAUGGAACGGUGGUCGGAAGAUUGAAGGAGAUGAUAAUUAGAGGAGGAGAGAAUAUUUAUCCCAAAGAAAUUGAAGAUUAUUUGAACACCCAUCCAGAUAUUAUUGAAUCACAUGUUGUCGGACUACCACACAAAAGAUUAGGAGAAGAAGUAUGCGCUUGUUUGAGAACAAAAAACGGACGUCAUUUCACUGUUGAAGAAAUUAAAGCAUACUGCCAAGGAACAAUAGCUAAUUUCAAAAUCCCAAGUGUCCUCAAAAUAUUAGAUUCAUUUCCAAAGACAACUUCAGGAAAAAUUCAGAAAAACAAGCUGCUUCGGUUAUUAUUGAAUGAAGAGAAUAUUCCGUGACAUUGACUGCUUUACCGAAUACGGGUAACUUGUGUGAACAUGUGCCAGUUUUAAUGACUCAUUAUAAUGCCAUCUGUGGAAAUUACGAAAGUGAUGAAUACACGGAAUACCAAAUGCUGUAUCAAAGAGGAUAUUUUAACGAUUAUAGCGUUCAGAAAUGUGUUUUGGACUAUUUGACUCUAAAAUUGGCCAAACCGGUAUGGUUUGGCCAAUUUUAAAGAAACGCAACUCCACAGACGUACAGAUGCAACAGCAGAAGCCAGCUGCAGAUCAGUGAUUUCGGUUAGGAAAAUAAAAUGAAUAACACUAUCAUGCAGCUAUAUCUACCUGCGUUAAAUAUGUCAAGCUGGCUUUUAAUGAUAACUAACACUUACAUCAUAGUUAUGAUGGCCUACUACUCUAAAACAAGUGUCUGUGGUUUUCUUUCCAAGUGCUACGUCUAGUAAGAUUUUCUCUUUGAUUUUAUAUCAACACUUUCGUUUUUGUAUAAGAAUCACUCUAAAAUUCAAGGAAAAGUCGCAUUUUUUUAUGAUCUCCUUCUCCUACAAUCUGAAAAAUUAUAAAGUUUUAAAGAAAUCUAUGCAACGGUGACAGUUUGCAUUUUUGAGUGCAUUUUAUGUGAAUACUUUUUUUGUUUCAUAUGAAAUCUUGGUUUUUGCAGAUAUUCAUCCAUUAGACUUUCCAAAUGUAACUUUCCCAUGAAAACAUAAGCUAUAUAUAUAUAUUUUAUAUUUAAUCUAUAUUGAAACUCAAUAACCUUUCUGCAUUAUAUACAGAUACAAAUGAAUAUGAUUCUAGAAGAAUAUUUCAUAAUGACCUUUUAUUUUAUUGACUGUGUUUCGUGAAUAACUACUGUAAUAAAACACUUAAAUUCAACUAGAAUCGAACAUUGAAUGUUUGUUGAACAAAUAUGUGACUGAUAUAUUCAGAUAAUCAAGUGGAAUAGAAUAAAAUUAAGUUAUAGAUUUAAUAAAUCACUUUUUUUUAAGUUAUAUAUUAGUGAAAUAAAGAAAUAUUUAGGUGAA